AUGGGGUCCCAGGUCUCAGUGGAAGAAGUGCGAUCAGUGCAUGUGGUGAUCGUCGGCGGGGGCUUCGGUGGGAUUGCGGUGGCCAGUCAGCUCCAAGCACUGAAUGUCCCCUUUACGCUGGUGGAUAUGAAAGACGCCUUCCACCACAACGUGGCAGCCCUCCGGGCCUCAGUGGAGAGUGGGUUUGCAAAGAAGACAUUCAUUUCCUACUCGGUGACUUUCAAGGACAAUUUCCGGCAGGCCAUGGUGGUCGGAAUCGACUUGAAGAACCGGACAGUCCAGCUGCAGGGAGGUGAGGCGCUGCCCUUCUCACAUCUCGUCCUGGCCACAGGCAGCAGUGGGCCUUUCCCUGGCAAGUUUACUGAGAUUUCCAGCCGGCAGGCCGCCAUCCAGGCCUACGAGAACAUGGUGAGGCAGGUCCAGAGUUCAAAGUUCAUCGUGGUGGUGGGAGGAGGCGCUGCAGGAGUGGAGAUGGCAGCAGAGAUUAAAACAGACUAUCCUGAGAAAGAGGUCACGCUCAUUCACUCCCAAGUCCCCCUCGCUGACAAGGAGCUCCUGCCUUGUGUCCGGCAGGAAGUGAAGGAGAUUCUUCUCCGGAAAGGCGUGAAGCUGCUUCUGAGCGAGCGGGUGAACAACCUGGAGGAACUGCCGCUCAACGAGUACCGGGAGUACAUCAAAGUGCAGACGGACAGAGGCACGGAGGUAGCCACCAACUUGGUGAUCCUCUGCAAUGGCAUCAAGAUCAACAGCUCUGCCUACCGCAGCGCCUUUGAGAGUAAGCUGGCCAGCAAUGGCGCUCUGCGAGUGAAUGAGUACCUGCAGGUGGACGGCUACAGCAACGUCUAUGCCAUUGGGGACUGUGCUGACCUGAAGGAGCCCAAGAUGGCCUACCUCGCUGGCCUGCAUGCUAACAUCGCCACGGCCAACAUUGUCAACUCCAUGAAACGGAGGCCCCUCAAGGCCUACAAACCUGGUGGAUUGACGUUCCUUCUGUCCAUGGGGAGAAAUGAUGGCGUUGGACAGAUUAGUGGUUUCUAUGUGGGUCGGCUUAUGGUCCGGCUGGCCAAGAGCCGGGACCUGUUCAUCUCCACGAGCUGGAAAACCAUGAGACAGUCCCCACCCUAA